AUGAAAUGCACCAAAAAGGACCAUAAGGAGGCCAGUUCCGAUGGCUGUUUCCUUCGUCUCUCCUGCGCCCCAUUGUGCCCAACAGGACGAAUGGCUAUGGCGGCAAGGACUCCCAGCUUCCAGCCGGCGGUGUGGUAUGUCCUGGGCACGGUUCCAGCCAAAAGCUGGGAUCUGCCGGCCAUAAUUCAUUUGGGGCAACCCGAAAUCGCACAGUCUGCUGCUCAACAAAUUCACACCGAAAAAUCAAAAAGCAAUAAUGAUGCUCGAAAUGUGAACAACCCGGCGGAGAAGGGGUUGCACCACCUCGGGGAAUGGACGAAGGAGGGAGGGAGCAUGUCUGGCCACAGCUCCGGACAAGUGAUCAGGGAGGAUUACUGUGAAAUGUACUGUGGAACAUGUAGAAACAGGACGUGUUCGGUUUCAAAUAAUAUUUUAACCACUGAUGAUUAUCAAAUAAUGGAGGUUUUUCUAGUUUUGAAAUUUACUUGGACCAAUCCGUUUUUUCGCGGCGAGUGGAAUAUUUAUAAACUCUCAAACGAAACGGAUAUCAAACUAGUGAGAGUAUCUGUGUCCGGUAUCCCUAGUGCUAAUGAUGUCAGAUUUCGUACUAGCAAAUUUUAUCUACGAUCACUUGGUAUUAAGGAUAUCACAGGCUACAAUGUGGAAUCUCCUUCUUUGAAAGUAGAAGAGCGUGACAUUACCUAUGCAAAUGGACCCGAAACGUUGACUUUACGCUAUUUAUCUGACAAUGUAGUUAACUCAGCUGUAGCAAAUAAUUACAUACGGCAGAGUGAGGAUAACUUAAAACGAAUUGCAAUUGUUUCUUCAAUUCCAACACGGCAAUUGACUUUUGAAAUAGGAGAAGCCACGUUUGAGAGAAAAAUUGAACUAACAAGUCUGACAUUUGCUGGAUUAGAAGUGGAAUAUCUAAAUGCAAAAACUUUUCAUAAUAUGCUGAACUUGGAAAUGUUAAUUUUAGACAAUGUCGUCUUGGAAGAUCUAUCGUUUCUAGAGUCAAAUGCACUUCGACAAACUCUAAAAGAUAUAAUAAUAAAGAUUGAGGAUGAAGUGGAUAUGCAAGUCUUUGGCUCAUUCUCCAAGCUUACGACCAUUGAAGUCGAUAAGUACAUACCUUUCAAAAACCAAACCGCCUUUAUAUGUCGCACAGGUGAUGUAUUAUGUGUAUUUCGCAUGGGUACAAAUGGUAUACCCUGUCCUCCUAAAUGCAAGUGUCAAUAUAAUCGGAACAAUCGUGAGUUCGAAAUCAAUUGCUCACAGCGAUAUCUAUUCCUAGUUCCGACCUUGCCAGUUCCUAUAGCGGGAAUAACAUCACUGCUCCUUCAAGGAAACUAUAUAACCAAAUUGCCCAAUAAGACCUUGGCAGGCUAUAAUAACGUAAAAAAGCUGAAUGUGUCACAAAACGAACUAACUAGUCUUAGUAUUAGUCAACUGCCCACUAAUCUUGACGAUCUGGAUAUAAGUUAUAAUCAGAUAAGCUAUUUAGAUCCAGAGGUCCUUGAGUACGUUACAAACCUAACCCAUUUCAAACAGUUUGGCAACAAAUGGAUUUUCUACUGCAACGAACUACAUCUUUUAGAAUUUAGUUGGAGAAUGAGGAAAUCUGUACGCAUUUUAAAGGAUAGCUUCUCGCAUGUAUUGGAAAUGAUGGAUAAAACAACGGCAGGGUCAGCAGCUUUUUUAAAAUUUUUUUUUAAUUUGAAUCCUAAAAAAUUGUACUAUGAAGCAGAUGAAGAUGCGAUACUAACUUCCAUGGGCAGUGGUGAAAUUUAUGUAAACCUCAAGAUAAUGGAAGAUUUUCAUAGGUUGAUGUGGAUCUUUUCAGCUGAAUACGAUGAAAUUAUUAUGUACCACCUUAACGCUUCGUGUCCGUAUAGAUGUGAGUGUUGCGUCGACCCUGAAUCGGGACAAUUCAUAAUUAAUUGCAUGAAAAUGUACCUUGAGUUCUAUCCUAUCCUGCCAAAAUCGCUUCAGUACAACACGACACUAAAUCUCGAUGGGAAUGAAAUAUCAAAACUUAGCGAACCUCCAUUCCUGGUUAUGCCGGGACAUGCUACGAUCCAGGAGCUGCAUAUCCAGAAUAAUCGUCUAACUGAAUUCCCACAUCACUUGCUCCCCGAGAAUCUCACAUACCUGGAUGUGCGAAACAAUUCCCUGAAUACUCUCGAUGAUGACGUUGUGGGCUUUAUGAGGUUUCGCGAGGGAAUAACAGAGAUUAAGCUAUCUGGAAAUCCCUGGAAAAGCGAUUGCAGUACGAAAUCCUUCCUAUCACUUCUCCGAGAGAGGGAACCGGAAGAAUACGCCAAGACCCUGAACCGCAGUGGUGUCAUUUCCAGUGGAGGAUGUCCUGAUGCCUGCAUUUGCUGCCUGGACCAGAGCUCCAAGGAUCUUUCCAUCAUUAUCGACUGCACGUCCAAGGGUCUGCUGGACAUACCUCCGUUACCUAUACCAACAAUUGGCCAAAUAACACUCUAUUUUGAUGGAAAUUUCCUCGAGGAACUACCUUCGAUCUCCCUGCCUGGUUUCUCCAGAGUGACACGUCUCCAUGUGGCCCACAAUCGGCUGACCAUUAUCGAUAAACUGCCGACAGACCUAGUGUAUCUGGAUAUUCGAAAGAAUGGAAUUUCAGUACUAAACGAUAGCACUAGGGAGUUCUUCGAUAAAAGGAUGAACUCCUCGCAUCUGGAGCUCUUGCUCUCUGGCAAUCCCUGGACUUGCGACUGUGAGAAUUUGGAUUUUUUGGAGUUUGUUAAGCGGCAAGCCAAGUAUAUUGGGGACACAUCCUUAGUUGUCUGUUCUGACACCGGGUUACCCCUAAUUGAGACCGAGGAGAGCGACAUAUGUCCCUCCGCCUUCAUUUACUACGCCGCCCUCGCCGCCUCAAUGCUGGUCGUGGCCUCGUCGAUCAACGUUUUCAUUUGCUUUAGGCAGCCCAUCCUGAUAUGGUUUUACGAGCACGAAAUAUGCCUCAGCCUGGCAGCGCGACGGGAUCUGGACCAGGACAAGAGAUACGAUGCAUUUCUAGCCUUUUGUCACAAGGACGAGGAGCUUAUAGAGGAGUUUGUGGAGCGACUGGAGCAGGGCAAGCACAAGUUCCGGCUGUGCUUCUACCUGCGCGAUUGGCUGGUGGGCUCCUCCAUACCCGAUUGCAUCAGCCAGUCGGUCAAGGACUCCCGACGCAUCAUCAUUCUGAUGACAGAUAACUUCCUCAAGUCCACCUGGGGCCGUCUUGAGUUCCGCCUGGCCCUGCAUGCCACCUCAAAGGAUCGUUGCAAGCGACUCAUUGUCGUCCUUUAUCCAGACGUGAAAAACUUUGAUGACCUGGACAGCGAGUUAAGGACCUACAUGGUACUUAACACUUAUCUGGAGAGGAAUAACCCGAACUUUUGGAAUAAGCUUAUUUACUCGAUGCCACAUACUUAG